CUCUCUCUCUCUCUCUCUCUCUCUCUCACUGCGGUUGACUCCUGAGCUGGUGGGAUGUAGAGGACUCUGAAGUGUUACUGAAGAACAGAUCGGAGGACGUCAUGAGUGGCGUCCGAGUUUGGGAGGCGGAGGCGGACGCGGAGGAGGAGGACUUAUCUCAGGAGGAGGCGCCGUCUGCAGCCCAGUGGUCGGAGGAGCGAUGUGAGGAGCUGUGGGAGCGAGUGGAGGGCGUACGACACAAACUCACUCGCAUCCUUCACCCGGCUAAACUCACGCCGUAUCUACGACAGUGUAAGGUGAUGGAUGAGCAGGAUGAAGACGAGGUGCUCAACUCCACACAGUACCCGCUGCGCAUCAGCAAGGCCGGUCGUCUGCUGGACAUCCUGCGUGGUCAGGGUCAGAGGGGUCUUCAGGCCUUCAUGGAGUCUCUGGAGUUUUAUCACCCGGAGCAGUACACCCAGCUGACUGGAGAGCAGCCCACUCAGAGAUGCUCCCUGAUUCUGGACGAAGAGGGUCCCGAGGGUCUGACCCAGUUUCUCCUCCUGGAGGUUCGUAAACUGAGAGAGCAGCUUCGGAGCAGCCGCCUGUGUGAGCGCCGUUUGUCUCAGCGCUGCAGGAUGGCCGAGGAGGAUCGCAGCCGGGCCGAACGCAAAGCUCAGGAGCUCCGUCACGACCGGCUGCAGCUGGAGAGGGUGCGUCAGGACUGGGAGUCAGCGAGUCGGGAGCUGGGCCGCCUGAAGGACCGACACCUGGAGCAGGCUGUGAAAUACUCCAGAGCUCUGGAGGAACAAGGGAAGUCCUCGAGCCGGGAGAGAGAGAUGCUGACUCAGCUGGAGGAGCUCCGGUCGAGGCUGACAGAAACAGAAACACUCGACGCUCCAGGAAACACCUCGUCAGCAAAAAGACACGCUGUGACCUCCAACGGGGUCAAAGACUCGCCUCCAGCUUUACCAGACAAACCGUUACACCGGACUGCGGUGCAGAAAGCCGACAGUGAUGGACCUCACAUGAGGGACUCGGCUCUGAUGGACAUCCUGCAGCAGGACCGCAGGGAGUCUGCGGAGCAGAGGCACGAACUCUGUGAUAUCAUCUCCCGACUACAGGGGGAGCUAGAGAGCACGGAGGAGCAAAGACUGAAGCUGGAGUCGCAGUGCAAGCAGCUGCAGCUUAAGGUGAGGACUCUGCAGCUGGACUGGGAGACGGAGCAGAAGAGGAGCUUGUCCUACUUCAACCAGAUCAUGGAGCUGGAGAAGGAGCGAGACCAGGCUCUGCGUAGUCGGGACAGCCUGCAGCUGGAGUACACCGACUGUCUGCUGGAUAAGAACCGUCUGCGUAAACGUAUCGCCGAGCUGCAGGCGAGCGUGGAGCAGCAGCACCGGGAGCUGGAGAAGGAGAGAGAGAGGAGCCGGGAGCAGAUGGAGCAGAGCAUGUCGUCUCUGCACUGUUCCCACCUGUCCCUGUGCAGCGAGGACCAGUGCUACGGCCCCUGCUGCUCCCUCGGCCCCCACCUGAGACCCCAGACCGGCAGCUCCCACCCCCUGCUGAGGAAGUCGCCCUCUAGUGGCCAAGCCAAUGAA